AGCAGGAUGGACGUUCUGCGGCCCACGCUGAUAAGGAUUGGGGGGCGAGUGUACAGGAAGAAUGUCAUUCAAGAGCAGGCCUACCAGCACGAAGAGGAGGAUGAUUUCUGUGCAGGUCCUGGUGACUGUGCAGAUGAGCCCUGUGAUGCCUUUGUAGUGGAAGAGACUGAGAAAGGCUUCCAGUGCAGAGUGGAGGUUCCCAGCCUGUUAUACAAGUACAUCAUCGGGAAGAAAGGGGAAACCAAGAAAAGACUAGAAACAGAGACUCGAACCUCCAUCAGCAUUCCCAAGCUUGGAGCGGAAGGAGAAAUUGUGAUUACUGGGCAGCAUCGCAGCGGUGUCAUCUCUGCCCGAACGCGGAUUGAUGUUCUCCUGGACAGCUUCCGUAAGAAGCAGCCCUUCACACACUUCCUGUCUUUGGCUCUCAACCAGCCCACCAUCCAGGAGAAGUUCCUGCAGUUUAAGGAAGAAGUGUUGGAGAAAUGCUCAAAGGAUCAUGGGGUCAGCAGCAGCCUGUUCCAGAACCCUGCAAAGCUUCACCUGACUCUUGGGACACUGGUACUUCUGAACGAACAAGAGAUCCAGAAAGCAUGUGACCUCCUACAGCAAUGCAAAGAGGACUUUGUGGACCAAAUUGCUGGAGGCAAGCCCCUGACCGUGGAAGUGGUAGGAGUGGAGUACAUGAACGAUGACCCUGCCAUGACAGACGUCCUUUAUGCCAAAGUCCAUAUGAAGGAUGGGUCGGACAGAUUGCAGAUGAUUGCUGAUCAACUGGUGAAGCGGUUUGUGGCCUCCGGCUUGAUGCUUAAAGAGUGGGAUAGGGUGAAACUGCAUGCUACAGUCAUGAACACUCUCUUUAGGAAAGAUCCAAGUGCUGAAGAGCGAAACAAUACAAUGACUGGUAAAUCAUCUUUCAAGGAGCGGGAGUCAUUUAAUGGCCGAAAUAUCCUCAAGCUCUUUGGGAACUUCUACUUUGGAGAGGUGCAGCUGGACUCGGUGCGUCUUUCCCAGAGGUUCUCCUCAGACGCCUCUGGCUACUACGCAACGUCUGGGCAGCUGACGUUCUGA